CUGAUCGAAUAAAUUGCCUUCGUAAUUUCUUCAAUGGAGCAAAGCAGUACCAGAGAUGAGGAGCCGCCGAGCGUUCGCCUCCGGAUCAUCGAGCAGGGAAGCGGCGGGAGCGCCACCUUCUUCGAGCCGCAGCGAGAGUCGAAUGAGUCGGCCAAGAACGCGCACCAUUGCGACGACGAUAAGUGUGCUCACGAAUGCAGAAUCGUCGCCGGCCUGGACGUCGAGGGGCCGGAGAAGAAGCUGACUCUGUUCGCUCUGCAGCUCGCCGUUCUUGAGAAAGCGGCCAGCGGGCUCGGUACGCUGGGCUUCAUCUGGGCCACCGUGGUUCUCCUCGGAGGCUUCGCCAUUGCGCUCGAGAGGAAGGACUUCUGGUGCAUCACCAUCAUCCUCCUAAUCGAAGGUGCUCGCAUCUUUAGCCGGAGCCACGAGCUGGAGUGGCAGCACCAGGCCACUUGGUCCCUCGCCGACGCCGGCCGUUCCAGCUUCCGCGCUCUCAAGUCCAGCUCUCGGAUUCUCCUGCGCUCGCUCAAGCUCAUCCUCCGCCCGUUCUCCAUCCACACCACUACAAUCCCCGGCGACGUCGAGGUGUUCCGCGAUAAGAUGACAAUGUCGUCGCAAUCCAAUUCUCAAGUGCCAUCGCAGAGUGCCGCCGACUGGUUGUUCCUCUCCAAGAACAUCAGCCGCGUUCUCUACUGGCUGCAACUGCUGUCGGCCGCCUCUUGCGUCUCGCUGGCGCUCAUGCGACUGAUGCAGCAGGACUUCGGCGAGCUGCCCCCUCAUGACCCGGACAAGAAGAACCGCAAGCCGGCGCUUAACAUUUUCUACGGCCUCGCGCUGGCGGAGGCGCUGUUUUUCCUGGCGGAAAGAGCCUACUGGGAGUGGACGGUGAGCCACCACCGGUUGCUGGAGGAAGUGAACAGGGAGUGCCACCUCGGCGCCGCCGGCUUGGUAUCCAUCAAGCGGUUUUUCUACGACGCCUACUCCAAGUGCGUGGAGGGUAGCAUCUUCGACGGCCUGAAGAUGGACCUGGUGACCUUCGCGGCUGAGCUCCUCGCCUCGACCUCCCUCCACGAGCAGCUCAUCGGCGCUCGCAUCCUCCUCAAGUUCUCCACCAACCAUCGCUUCGCUCACUCCACCCUGCGUAAGAUCGGCAAUUCCACUCCGGCCAUCGAGCGCCUCAUCGAGAUGCUAAGUUGGAAGAACCCGGCCGAGGAGGAGAUCCGGAGGUCGGCCGCCGUCAUCGUCUCCAAGCUCGCCGGGAAGGAGCAAAACUCUCUGCGCCUGGCCGGAAUUCCAGGCGCCAUGGAAUCGAUCUCUUCUUUACUGUACACGGAGCAGAGCAGCCCCCAUUCGAGACCCGACGAGGUCGGCUACCUCUGCGCCGCCGGAGAUCGGGAAGACUACUCGAUGCUGAAUCUAUUAGGCCUUCUAAUACUCAAGAAGCUAGCGAACGACCACGAUAACUGCGAAAAGAUCGGCAACGCCAGAGGACUGCUAGCCAAGAUCAUAGAUUUCACCGGCGGCGGGGAAAGGCUGCGAAGGUUAGAGAGCGAGAAGGAAACGAGAGUGAAGGCAGUGAAACGGUCCCUCCAAGUGGUCAAGAUGCUCGCUAGCACGACGGGGCACACCGGAAAGGUGCUGCGGCAGGGGAUUUCCGAGAUCGUGUUCACCAUCAGCAACAUCAGGGAGAUCUUACAGCACGGGGAGCGGCACAUGCCCUUGCAGAAGCUGGGGAUCGAGGCGCUAACGAGCCUCGCCAUGGACGAGGACGCCAGGGAGCGGAUCGGCGCUACCGGAGCGAUGGUCAAGGACCUGCUCUGCAUCUUCUUAAAGGAAGGCUUCACGGCGCAGCAGAACGGGCUGCGGGUGGAAGCAGGGGAGGCGCUAUCGAUGUUGGCAUUGGAGAGCAAGAGCAACUGCUGCCGGAUUCUUCACGAAAGCAGCGGCGUCGGGAGGCUGAUCGAGGCCCUGGGUGAUCCGGUGCUGCGAGUGCACUCCGCUAGAAUUCUUCGCAAUUUGUGCGUGUACGCCGGCGAAGACCACUUCCCCCACCUGAAAGGAGUCACCGCCGGUGCCGGCAUGGUUCUGGCUGCUAUUAUGACAGCGGAGGCGAAGCUGCUCGAGGUUUCUCUAGGUCUUGCCACGCAGAUAUUCAAAUUCAUGAAUGCUGAAGAAUUCACGCAUCAGCUCCACAAGUUGAUCAUCAGGGAGGAGGAUUUGGCAGAGAGGCUGGUGAAUACUUUGCACAGGUACGAUUACCCAAGCACGAAAGUGCCCAGAAUAAGGAGAUUCGCAGUAGAAGUGAGCACUUGGAUGAUGCGGCGGGGAGCACAACACAUUAAAAUUUUCCGCGAUCUGGGGAUGGAAAAGGAGCUGCGAAGUGUGUUAGAAACCACGUCGGAGCUGGAAUGCUUCAAUGUCUUCUCCGGCAGUGUGGGGAUCGGCCGGCACAGCACGGCGCUUGGCUCUGUCGUGGACGCUGCAUUGGAGUUGAUGGGCUCCAGCUUGCAGUGAUUUAAAUUUAUUCUUUGGAGGAGGGGGGAUAUUUAUUCUUUGAUAUAUAAAAAUUGAGAUAAAUAAACUUGUAAAUGUCUACACGGACCACGGUGACGAAUGAAUUUGUGAACAUCUGCAAUAUAAUU